GGGGGGCCGAGAGCGGGGCGCUGCCGACAUGGGGGUGACCCACGGAGCGGGGGGGUCCCCGCAGGACCCGUGCGGGGGCGGCCUGCCCAACGGCGACCAGAGCGGGAGGGGGUGUGCUGCUGCCCCCAGCGGAACCGAGACUGGGCAUUCGAGUGGAACAUCAGUCAAAGCAGAGACAGUUGCUAAAAGCACUGGCACUGAGAAGGUGAAGGCUAAUAAGACAGAUGAGAUGACAGACUUCAUGGAUGAUUUAACUCUAAGCUCUCCAGAGGGGAGAAAUUCCCACUCCAGGUCCAAAAGAAGUCGUGACAGAUCAACAUCAAGAUCAUCGAGCAGAUCAUCUUCCAGUUCACAGUCCAGUUCAAGUUCUUCGUCUUCGGCUUCUUCAAGGAGUUGGAGCAGGUCUAGAACCAGAUCAAGGUCAAGAGCUAGAAGAAAUGGUUCCAGGAGGUACAGACGGUACUCCAGAUCGUAUUCCAGAAGCUGUUCGAGAUCACGUAGCUAUCGAUGUAGGGGAAGGUGCUAUCCUAGGCACUACAGAAGAUACCGCCGUUCUCCUCCAAAGUACAGAUCACGCAGUCGGUCGUGGUCUCGUGGAAGAUCGUAUUACAGAAGAUCUUACUCUAGAAGCAGAUCGCGAUCAAGAGGCCGGCGUUACUAUGGAUUUGGGAGAACCGUAUAUCCUGAAGCUUACAGAAAUUGGAGAAACAGGUCACGAACAAGAUCCCGUAGUAGAUCUCCUCUCCAUUUAAGUGAGAAAGAUAAGAGGGAACUCCUGGAAAUAGCCAAGGCUAAUGCUGCCAGAGUCCUGGGAACAAAUAACAUUGUGUUGCCAGCUAGUUUGAGACUCAACACUGCUUCCAAAGAGACAAACAGCGGAAACCUGAAAAGUGAAGAUGCUGCAGAGUCUACUGAGCCAUCUGGAAGACUUACGGAAGACUUGCUUAGAAGUGGAACUGAGAGAGCUACUGCACAGAGAGGCAUUUCUUUCAGCCCUAAUAACACAAUGGCGAAGCCGGUAGCUCAGAAACCUGCAAGUCUCUCUGUUAAAGAGAUAACAAUUUCCCCAGGAAGAGAAGAUGACAGAAAAGGAAAUCCUUAUGGGCAAUGGGUUCCUAUCAAGAAAGAAGAAAACUCAUUUUUAAACUUCUCUCCUAAAAGUGCACCCUUUCGAGCACACUAAUACUGCUUCUCUUGCUUUUCUAUGUAGAGUUGUGAUACUUAAGCAUUCCAGUAGUGAAGUCUGAACUCCUCCUACCAGGCUGAAGAUCUUUGUUUUAAUACUGAGUAUUUACUGAGAGGUUUUUAAUUUUGGAAUAUUAGGUUUGUCUUUCAGAUAGAAGACUGAGCACAGUGGUCCAGAAAUUACAGGUGGGAAUCUUUGUAUAUUUUGUAAAAAGCUUUUUGCAACACUGUAAUGGAUUAGAAAUUACAGGUGGGUAAUCUUUUCUCAUGUUAGUUUAGCAGUCCGUGUUCUGAAUACUUGUAUUGUGUAUCUGUUUACUUGGAAUAAAUAAAGCUUUAGUUUUUGAACUUG